AUAAUAAUACUGAUGAUGAUGAUGGACUUAAUGAACAUGAUAAUUUUGGUGAAGAAAGCUCUACUUCAACUCGAUUACGUGGAAACUUUCGUAAAAAUCAUGCUAAAAUGUCAAAAUCAACACAUG